GGCGGCGAAAACAGCUCAUCCUGUUUGGUGGAGCAUCAGAAGAAAAGCGGUUUAUACUCGGAAGCAAAACCACGACGUAAAUCGGACAAACAGUACCUUCGUUUGUCUCUUGGGAUUGAAUUGAGAGGACUGGACAGAUUUCGUUUACAUUUCACCGGGUGGUGGACGCAGCGGACACAAUGCGGACUGCUUUGUUGUCACUUUCUAUUUUAAUGCUCUGCGUGUUGGUCACAGGGGCUCCAACAGGUAAAAAGCCAUCAAAAAUUCAUCCUCCAGGAAGUAAUUCUGGCAGUGAAAACCGAACUGCUGUAGGUGGUGACUUGGACAAUGCCGCAACGACACCGGUAAAGAACAAGUUAGCUGGUGGAUUGGACAAAGCCGCAACGACACCGGUAAAGAACAAGUUAGCUGGUGGAUUGGACAAAGCCGCAACGACACCGGUAAUGAACAAGUUAGCUGGUGGAUUGGACAAAGCCGCAACGACACCGGUAAAGAACAAGUUAGCUGGUGGAUUGGACAAAGCCGCAACGACACCGGUAAUGAACAAGUUAGCUGGUGGAUUGGACAAAGCCGCAACGACACCGGUAAUGAACAAGUUAGCUGGUGGAUUGGACAAAGCCGCAACGACACCGGUAAAGAAUAAGUUAGCUAGUGACUUGGACAAAGCCGCAACGACACCAGUAAAGAACAAGUUAGCUAGUGACUUGGACAAAGCCGCAACGACACCGGUAAAGAAUAAGUUAGCUAGUGACUUGGACAAAGCCGCAACGACACCGGUAAAGAACAAGUUAGCUGGUGACUUGGGCAAAGCCGCAACGACACCGGUAAAGAACAAGUUAGCUGGUGACUUGGACAAACCCGCAACGACACCGGUAAAGAACAAGUUAGCUGGUGACUUGGACAAAGCCGCAACGACACCGGUAAAGAACAAGUUAGCUGGUGACUUGGACAAAGCCGCAACGACACCGGUAAAGAACAAGUUAGCUGGUGACUUGGACAAAGACGGAAAUGCAGCAGAGACGCAGGGAAAGCAACCUUCAGGUAGUCAAUCUGACAAAACAGCAAUGGAAGAUGAAAACAGUCAUUUCUUUGCCUACUUCGUCACCGGAGUUGUGCUGGUGGUCGUAUUCUACAUCGCGAAGCACAACAAGCGCAAGAUUAUCGCCUUUGCUUUGGAAGGGAAGAAUUCCAGAUCCACACGUCGACCUAAAUAUUCAAAUUACCAGAAGGUGGAACAACAUAUGUGAUCCAAAGCUGCCCAGAGAAGCUGAGGAAACGACUCUAGUAGAUUGCGAGUGGAUAGAAAUCAUGGAUCUGCACCAAAUAAAAUGACCUGUUAAAUGGACAUUCUUCUAUUCUUGACUUCUAAAUGUUGAAUGACUAUGCAGUCGACACUGAUGCCUUAUUGGGAGAGGGAGGAAGUUAGAUGGGGCUGAGAUGGAGGGGUGUAAAAAAAAAAGUUGUGUGAAAUAGGCUUGCAGUAUUUUGCACUGCUUUUGCAAUCUGACCUGUUGAAGGUCCUCACUCAGGAUGUAGAAGUAGCAAAUCAGUUGUCUGCACUUCUGUUUUAUUUUGUGGUUUUGGACAGAUUUCAACAUGCAGACUGAAUAAGUCGUCAAUGUCCUGUUUCUGUUUAAAUGCCUUUAUUUUUCCAGUUUCUUUAAAUAAUCUGUUUUGGAACCACUGUUAAAAUCUUGUCAGCCCAGUUAUCGUAUGCUUCGCCAAUAGUGAUCUGUUGUCCACAAUAUAUUAUUUUUACCUUACAUUGCAUUUGUAGGGUGGGAUUUGGCUGCAGCCUCUUUGGUUUGGAUCUUCAGG